UAUAUUCUUUUUACUUAUUUAUCUAUUUUUUGUAUAUAAUAUGUUUUUCCUGUAUCUAUACUGGCUUAUUUUAUAUUAAUAUUAGGUUUGUUAGGUUUCUUGAUACCGAGAAUGUUACUAUUGUGAAUGUUUGCUCUGUUGUUUCAAAAUGAACAAAAAAAUAUAUAUAAAUAUAAUAUUGAAAAAAAAAAUUAGUUGACACUUUUUAUUUGUUAAUUUGUCAGUCCAACAAUAGAAAAUAUAGUUGAAAUGACACUUUCCUCAAGAUUAGAUAUAGAAAAAUGGCUCAUAUGUUACACACAUGUACUUGCGGCAUAUAGCCUACCUGUACCUAAACCUGUGUAGAUAUAGAUUCAGUAUAGGCUAUAGUUAUCCUCAAAACACAUGUAUACAACUCAAAUUUAGCAGUUUGCCUACCAAUAGAAGACAAUGUAGGCUACAGUACUUGACUUGCACUAACCAUGGUCAGCAACAGGGCACUAUCAUUAUAUAUGCUGUAUGUAGUGUUCUCUUUUUGUUUUUGUUUAGUUUCUAGCCUAAAUUUAAAUCUAAGAUUUCAAAAAUUUUAGAUAUUCAGGUUUUUGAAAUUUCUUAUCUACCCUACCUCUUGAGUGUCAUAUCCUUUGUGAUUUAUUUGACUCUAUAUAUCUAUUAUCUAUUUAUCUAUCUAUCUAUCUAUCUUACAAAACGUCACACAAAUCAUAAAUGCAUCAACUUAUUAUUAAAUGUCACAACAUACAGUGUUACUUAGGCCAGAAAAUGUAUUUUUUGAGUAUUUUAAUUUGUACAUGUUUAAUUAUAGGGGAAUUGUACAGUGCUAGGACAGUACAGUCUUAUUAUAUGUGCAGGUUUUACAAUUAAAAAGAACACAUGGCAUUUUCUUAUCAAACUAUUUAAAUGUCGUAAUUAAAAAAAUAUAUUAUUGUUUCCGCCAAUUUGUCAUUUGUGCUAUCAAAUUACAACAAACAAAACAUUUCCCCUCGACAUCAGUCUCUAUGGUAAAGUGAGUUUAUCACUGAUUUAAUCCUUUCAUCCACCAGAUGUUGCUAAUGUGCAGCUGUGUAAGUGACAAACUAAAUAUGCUGAAAGAUAAAAUAUGCACAAAAGCACAGUGUAGCUAACAGGGAGCUGGUUGAACCAUAGCAAAUGUAAAAAAAAAUAUAUAUAUAGACCUCUCUUUGCAUUGUGUAUAAUAUAGUCAACAAUAAUAACCUAUCGUCUUUGGCUCUGUGAUUGAUAACUGAACAAUGUGAUAACCAGAGAACAAUGUCCAUUUCAAAAUCCAGUCAAAGUUCACUUUAUGCAAUAAACCGUCCAGAUUCACACCCUGAAGACAAACUCUUCAACAUAGCAUUAUGUGCAAGUCAUUUCUUGGUGGUUAAACAAUUAUAGAGCUCUACUGGGUAUUACUUUCAGUGGGUCUGUGUCUGCUGUCAGUGAAAGAUAAAGUGUUCACAAAAUGUCUCAAGGUUUAAGAGUCGUUCUGGAGGAGUGGAAAUGUCUGGAAGGAGAGUAUAAACAACUUCAGGAGACACACAGAAUGUACUUAGAGAAACUGGAUGAAAUUUCCAAACUACAAAAAAAGUGCUCCUCCUCCAUUUCCAGUCAGCGCAUGAAGCUGAAGGAUGUGUCCCACCUAGUGAAGAAAUGCAGCAGAGAACCCUCAGAAGAAGAUGCAAAGACCUUGGAUGCAAUAAAUGAGAAGAUAAAGACGCGACCAAAUGCUUUCUCUGAGAUGGAAGCUUUCCUUCCCAACAAAAACGGGUUGUACCUCAGUCUGGUUCUUGGAAAUGUGAAUGUCACUCUUCUCAGCAAGCAGUCAAAAUUUGCCUACAAAGACGAAUACGAGAAGUUCAAGCUGUACCUCACAGUCCUCCUGCUGCUCUUCUCCUUCAUCUGUUAUUUCUUUGUGGGCUACAGAUUUCUGGAUGCAAUCUCCAACUUCCUGCUGGUGUGGUACUAUUGUACAUUAACCCUCAGGGAAAGUAUCCUCAUCGCCAACGGCUCCAGAAUCAAAGGCUGGUGGGUUUUUCAUCACUACGUCUCAGCGUUUUUGUCCGGUGUAAUGCUGACAUGGCCAGACGGGAACCUGUACAAGAUAUUCAGGAACCAGUUCCUUGCCUACUCAUUGUAUCAAAGUUUUGUUCAGUGCCUGCAGUGCUAUUAUCAGAGCGGAUGUCUGUACAGGCUGCGAGCCCUGGGAGAAAGACACAACAUGGAUCUGACCGUGGAGGGAUUUCAGUCGUGGAUGUGGAAAGGGCUGACGUUUCUGUUGCCAUUCCUGUUUUUUGGUCAUUUCUGGCAGCUCUUCAACAGCCUCUCUCUCUUCAGAAUGGCUCAGCUACCGGACUGUAAAGAAUGGCAGGUCAUGAUGUGCGGUCUCUGCUUCCUCAUUCUGUUCAUGGGAAACUUCUUCACCACCGUUGCUGUGGUCCGCCACAAGGUCAAGAGCAGGAAUCAGAAACCAAAGAGUCUGUGAUACAUACUAUAAUAAUAAAAAAUCACACACACACACACAACAUGUCUAGAAAAAAUAUUGUCCCACAUGCUCCUCUCCAAAUUUAAAGCUCACAUCAUCAUUAUUGCCAUCAUUGAUAUUAUCUGCUGUGUUAUUAUGCUAUCAAAUAAUUAUAAAUCAUGGCUAUCAUUACAAAACAUGUAUCGUAGACGCAAGGUUUCAUGUCUAAUCAAUCACCAUUAAAGGUUGAAUUAUGCUCCACAAUACCGCCAUGUUCUUAUCUUUGUGUAAUUAGUAAAAUGACUAUGAUAGGAAAAGACAAACAAUGAAUAAAAGCUCUCUCCAAUAAAUAAUUUCCUUUUACUAUACUAGCCUCUGUGAAGCUUUUUUUGCAUAGUUUGUGCUUGUGCAUACAUGUGUCUGAAUAUGUUUGUUUGCAGCCUUUUUGAAAUGAGCGUUUAAAUUCGGAGUUUCCCUGCAGGGAUUAAAGAAGUACUCUCAUUAUGUUACAUUGGGCAAAUUUUUUCCUCCCUGUGUUGUAACUGGCUACAUAACUGAAGAUAUAACCAACAGUACAUUCGCUCAUGUAUUGUAUUUAAAUACAAUUUUAAAGUACUUGUACAACAUUACUUGAAUAUUUCCAUUUGCUGUUACUUUACACUUUACACGCGCGCUCACUCCAC